AUGAACGGACCCACGGGUGUCCUUAUUGGCGCCGGAAAAGGAGUUAUCCGUUCCAUGAUCUGCAACGGGGAGCUAAAAUCGGAAGUUAUCCCUGUGGACAUCGCCAUUAACGGCCUGAUCUUGUUACCAUACCACAACAGUCUGGCGGAAAAGAGACCUCUUCAGAUUCCAGUCUACAACUUGACCGUGGACGAUGCCAAAAAGCGCACAUGGAAGUGGAUAAUGGACGUGGGGCGCGACUUGGGCAUAAAGUACCCCUUCGAGGUUGGACUCUGGUAUCCCGACGGCAACAUGACGUCCAGCAAGUUCUACCACACCAUCUGCACCAUUCUGUUUAUGUGGCUGCCAGCCUACCUUAUCGACUUUCUACUGCUGAUCUUCGGACAACGUCGCUUCAUGAUCCGGGUUCAAACCAAAAUCGCUGUGGGUCUGGAGGUGUUGCAGUUCUUUACCACGCGCAGCUGGGACUUCAAAUCCACACACUUUGAUCAGAUCUACAAAGAACUAGGAUCUACCGAUCGAAGGAUGUAA